AUGGCUGACGACGACCAUGAAUUCUACAAAAUGUGGCGGGUGCGCAAAACGAUUAUGCAGAUGUGCCACGACCGAGGCUACCUUGUCACCCAAGAAGAAUUGGACCUAACCAUCGAUGAGUUCAAGUUGAACCACGGAGCGGCUGAUGGGCAAGUUGCGCCUCGUCGUGGCGACUUGACGAUCCUUGUUGCCCACAACGAUGACCCUUCAGAUCAAAUGUUCGUCUUCUUCCCCGACGAGGCGAAAGUCGGCGUGCGCACGAUCAAGGCGAUUUGCCAGCAAAUGCAGGCAAUUGUGAAUUUGCGGCCCAUCAUCGUCAUUCAGACCGGCAUGACGCCAUCUGCGAAACAGGCACUGACGGACAUGAUGCCCAAAUAUCUGCUCGAACACUUUUUGGAAAACGAGUUGAUGGUGAAUAUCACAGAACACGAGCUUGUUCCGGAGCACGUCGUGAUGACCAACGAUGAAAAGCAGGAGCUCCUUGCGAGAUACAAAUUGAAAGACACUCAGCUGCCAAGAAUCCAGCUCACCGAUCCGGUGGCUCGCUAUUUUGGGCUGAAACGAGGCCAGGUCGUCAAAAUCAUCCGUGCUUCCGAAACCGCAGGCCGCUACAUCACUUACCGCCUCGUUGUC